AUGAGAAGAUGUGCAGCUCUGAUUGAUCUCAAUGGCACUUUACAUAUAGAAGACAUGGCAAUACCAAAAGCCAGUGACGCAUUGGAACGACUUCGUAAACUUCGACCAGUGAAAUUUGUGACGAACACAACGAAGGAAUCUAUCAAUGUUCUGUACAAUCGUGUUACUAAAUGUGGGUUUCGCAUAAGCAAAGAUGAAAUAUUCACAUCACUUGUAGCUGCACGACAAUUUGUUGAGAAGCAAAAUUUUCGACCAAUGCUUCUGUUAGAUGGAAAGGCUAUUGAAGACUUUAAAGAUGUUGAUACUUCUGAUCCUAAUGCUGUCGUUAUCGGUUUGGCACCUUCUGAGUUUCAUUUUGAAAAAUUGAACGAUGCUUUCAAAUUGGUACUUAAUGCACAUCUCGUAGCUGUUCACAAGGGACGUUAUUAUAGGCGAGCCGAUGGGUUAGCUCUGGGUCCUGGACCUUUCGUGGCAGCGAUUGAAUAUGCUACUGGUGCUAAGGCGACAGUGGUAGGAAAGCCGGAGUCAAACUUUUUCCUGAUGAGUAUUGCCACUCUGGGCGAUGACAUUGACCUUAACAAUACCGUAAUGAUCGGCGACGAUGUGAUAGAUGAUGUCAUGGGUGCUAUUAACAGUGGAAUGAAAGGAAUUUUGGUCCGCACUGGGAAAUACAGGAAAGGUGAUGAACAACAAAUCCCAGUCGAGCGAAGAAAUUGCGUUGAAUCUUUUGCUGAAGCGGUUGACUUGAUAGAAUCGGAUAAAGUUCUGUGA